AUGCAUCGUGACCUUCCAGAUGCGACACUCUUAUGUAUUGCCGAGAAUCUCAGGUAUGCCUGCGACAUCUUAUCCUCUGCCCAGGCUACUAAGGAGACAUGUGGCCUGUUGCUUCUCUAUGCAGUAUGUUACGGAUCAACAACAGUGGUCGACGGCCUCCUUGCCCGCGACCAAACAGAUGUCAAUUUUCAGAACGAAAGAGGACAAUGUGCCUUAUGGUGUGCAGCAUUUAGCGGGCAUACACGGAUUGUUAAACAGUUGCUGCAACGCGACGAUGUUCAGGUCAACGCCGCCGAUCAUGAGCAUGGCGUUACUCCCCUGGGCGUUGCCGUAGUGAAGGGACAUGAACGAAUCAUGCAGCAUUUGUUGAAUUCUCGCCGAGUGGAUGUCAAUGCACGGGACCGAUUGAGGCGGACCCCCAUUUUUUAUGCCAUUUCCCGGGACGACCGGAGGAUGUUGGAAGUGCUUCUUGCAGAGAAAGACCUCGAUCUGUCCUGCCAGGACGUGAACGGCUUUUCACCGCUCAUAUACAGCAUAUCCUUGCGCCGAGCGGGCCUAACAAAGAUGCUUUUAGGUCACCCAAGACCCCAUGUCGAUCUGCGAGAUUGUGCAGAUCGAACGGCCCUUUGGCAUGCCGUGCGAGAGGAAAAUGAAGACAUCGUUCAACUUCUUCUAAAAAAUGGAGCAGGUACCAGAGUGAAGCAUGUCGGCAGUGACGCGCAACCGCCAUUGUGUCUGGCCGCCAGUCGCGGGAGACGCGGGAUGGUGCAGCUGUUGCUUGAACACGGCUGGGACGUGAACGAGGUGGAUGCAGACGGGCGAACACCAUUGCUUCUGGCGACUGAGAAAGGCUACCUUUCAGUGGUCCGGGUCCUUUUGAACCACCCGCAAAUCAAUCUGCGCCCGCAGAACCGGUGGGGAUCAACGGCCUUGCAUGUAGCUGCCAAGCGAGGGCACUUGCCGAUAACCAAUCUGCUUCUGGCUCGGCCAAAUACAGACAUCAACAUUGAGGAUGGGAAAGGGGCCACCCCGCUCUGGUGGGCCACUCGACGCCGUCAUAAUCGAGUGGCCGAGCGACUAUUGGAGGAACCGAAUCCGGCUGUCAACGCCGUCAGCCAGUUCGAGACUCCGGACCCGGAUCGAUCUACAUCCCUCCAUCAUGCAGUCCAAGGGCGAUCAAUGCCGAUCAUUCGCAAGCUUUUAGCAGUGAGGACCCUCAAUCCCAAUGUCCCCGACCACCUGAAACGGACUCCACUGGGCUGGGCAGCCAGCGAAGGGGAUGUAGAGAUGGUGCGGUUGCUGCUCAGUCGGCCAGAUGUCUCAGUGAAUGCAGAAGAGGCAGAUGAACAACCACCGCUUUGGUUAGCUGCAGCGAGGGGCCAUAUCCGGGUAGUCCGUCUCUUGCUACAGCGUCGUCCAGACAUUGACAUCAACCAAGGAUGGGGUGCCUAUCUGCCACCACUCCUGGCUGCCAUCAUCAACGGUCAUUCGAGCGUAGCGAUGCUGCUACUUGCGUUCGGGAAGCGAUUGGACGUCAACGCCCAAACCUACCAGAACAAAUCCGCACUGUCUCUGGCGGCGCGCCAGGGAGACCUAGAAGUGGUCGAAAGUCUCCUGCGUGACUGGCGCACCGACUGUAACAGUGUCGACAAUAGAGGACGCACUGCAUUAUGGUGGGCGGCCUAUGCAGGAAAGACAGCCAUUGUGGAACGGUUGCUGACGGAUGAUCGUGUCCUGAGCGAUGUGGCGGAUGAAGAGGGGACAAAGGCCCUGGAUGCUGCAGCGACCCAGAAUCAUUCUGACAUUGUCAGUCUCUUACAGGCUCACCUGCCAAGGCGUCACCAGCAUAGCGAUGCCUCUCGCCGCCCUAACCAAUCCUCAUCAAUGAUUCUGACAACGACCAUGACAUUGCAGCCGUACAGACUUUGA